UUGCUUUGUGUGCGUCAUACUCUCACCCACUUCCAUUAUUGCAAAUCCAACUUUUAGCUAUCCUUAAAAGAUUUACCUACUGGUCUCUUCCUACUCCAACAACCAAAAAAAAAAAAAAAAAAAAAAAUUUUUUCUCCCUUUAUUAAUUAGGUUUUGUUCACAACCUUCUGGUACUUAUCCCAUUCUCUUUCAUAUUAUUUAUUACAGCGCGUCUUAUUUCCCAUAUCAGAUUUUAAGUUAUCUGAAGGCAGAUUGUUUUAUUCCACUUCAAAAUAAGGCAAUAUAUUAAUAGCUUCAUGGAUAAAAGCCACGGUUUUGUUUUUGUUUGUUUUUUGGUGAGACGGAGAUUUACUCUUGUUGCCCAGGCUGGAGUGCAAUGGCACGAUCUCGGCUCUCCGCAUCCUCCACCUCCCGGGUUCAAGCGAUUAUCCUGCCUCAGCCUCCCAAGGAUUACAGGCACGUGCCACCACGCCUGGCUAAUUUUGUAUUUUUAGUAGAGACGGGGUUUCACCGUGUUGCCCAGGCUGAUCUUGAACUCCUGAUCUCAGGUGAUCCGCCCGCCUCGGCCUCCCAAAGUGCUGGGAUUACAGGCGUCAGCCACUGUGCCCGGCCAAAGCCAUGGGUUUUUAGUUGAGUCCUAAUGGGCAAAAACGCCACACAACUGGAAAAAAAUACCACCUGCGUCAUAAACUUGUAAGGCAUCAUAAGAGGAUGCAUAUAAAGCGGCCAGGCUCCUAAUUACUUGGUAAUUGUUAACUAUUGCUUUCACUCUGUCCCCAAAACAAAAGCCUUACAUGCUGUAGGCAUAUUACUUGUUGGUAAAGCUGACUGCUAACAAGUACACCCAUACCCAGUAAUACAUUAGAAUUAUCUGUGUCUAGAGGACUAACGUGAUUAACCACGACCUAGCAGCACUUACAAAGGCCUGGAUGACCAGUACAAAACAAUUCCCCACUAUCUAAGUCAGCACUGUCCAACAUAACUUUCUGCGAUGCUGGGAAUGGGCUAUAAUCUGCACUGUCCAAUAAAAAGGUCACUGAGCUCUUGAAAUGUGGCUAGUACAACUGAGAAACUUAUCCAGUGGUUUGUGACCACCUUAUUGGACAGCUCAGCUCUUGAAUCUGCCUCGACCCGUCAACACUCUUUAAACUCGCCCAUGUCCUCUUUUUCACUAGCGAAAUAAUUCUUUUUCUAAGUAACCUUCACUGAUUCAAGGCAACAGAACGUCAACUGAUCCCAAGCCCUUUUUUUCUUUAGCUGUUACACACGUGUGUUCACCGUGAACCUUCACCAAGAAACAGCAUCCAUAUAAGACCCAUAGCACAUGACAAAAUCAGUCAAACAUCAAAGGUCAUGAAAUCAUCUACUUAAAAUAACUCAUCGCGCCUCGACCUCGUGAGGCACGGUCUCGAGGGUGGACGGGAACAAAAAACAAACAGGGCGACAGGCGUAGGGAAAAUGCGAGGAGCACGCGGGGAGGUCUGGCGCCUCUGUCACGGCGACUCCAGGCCGAGGCCGCCCGCGCGCCCGCUCUCCCACGCCGGGCACUGUCGCUCCCGGCUCGCGCACAGGCCGGACACGACUCGCCCCGGCCCCCAUCCCCAACGGCGGCAGGGCGGCACGGCGGCAGGGCGGCACGGCGGCACGGCGGCACGGCAGCACGCACCACGACAGUGCGAGAGUCGCUCCUCUCGCUGUAUCGACUCCAAGCCGACCCCACCCCCGGCUCCUCGGAACCCCGCCUCGAAACAGUGCCCAAGCAGCUCACUGCUCAAGGCCCCCGUACAAAAUGGCGGCGGAGCCUGAGGAACCAACCAUAGAGACGCCCGCCGGCUGCGGAGAGAGCGUAGGCCUCUGAGCGCCGGCCCCGCCCCGCGCCGGCCUGGUCUUCCGGCGGGGGCGGGGAAAGGGCGCGUCUCCAAGGGCCCUUCUAGGAGAACAGCGUGCGGCUCCAUGGUGCCGGGUCAUCCGAGCCGGGUCACGUGGCUGGCGAAAGCCGUCGCGGAGGCGUGGGGAGGAGAAAUGGGCGGGAGGCUGUGGGGAUAGCGAGACACCCAGCGACGACGAGGUUGUCAUGGUGCCGCGGGGCCGUGCUCGCGCAUGCGCCACCUGACCCACGGGGCCGGUCGUGGAGCUGCGACCCCUGCCCUAGGGCAGUCCAGAUGAAAAGAGUACCAAUGAAUCUGCCUCCAGCUGAAUAAACCAUGGAAAGGAAAAACUCAUCCAGAGAGAGCCCCAGAAGACUCUCUGCCAAAGUAGGCAAAGGCACAGAGAUGAAGAAAGUGGCUCGUCAGCUCGGGAUGGCUGCUGCUGAGUCAGACAAGGACUCUGGCUUUUCAGAUGGGAGCUCGGAAUGUCUGAGCUCCGCAGAGCAGAUGGAGUCCGAGGACAUGCUGAGCGCCUUAGGCUGGAGCAGAGAAGACAGGCCGAGGCAGAACUCCAAAACUGCAAAGAAUGCCUUCCCUACCCUGUCUCCCAUGGUCGUCAUGAAGAAUGUGCUGGUCAAACAGGGCAGCAGCUCAUCCCAGCUCCAGUCGUGGACUGUCCAGCCCUCCUUUGAAGUGAUCUCAGCACAGCCACAGCUCUUAUUCCUUCAUCCACCUGUACCAUCUCCUGUCAGUCCAUGUCACACUGGCGAGAAAAAGUCUGACUCCAGGAACUACUUGCCCAUUCUGAAUUCUUACACCAAAAUAGCCCCACAUCCAGGCAAAAGGGGCCUUUCCGUUGGCCCAGAAGAAAAAGGAACAAGUGGAGUGCAGAAGAAAAUCUGUACUGAGAGACUUGGGCCUAGCUUGUCUUCCAGUGAGCCAACCAAGGCUGGUGCUGUUCCGUCCAGUCCCUCGACGCCAGCACCACCCAGCGCCAAACUUGCCGAGGACUCAGCUCUGCAGGGUGUGCCCUCUCUGGUGGCAGGUGGAAGUCCACAGACUCUUCAGCCGGUAUCCAGCAGUCACGUGGCUAAAGCUCCCAGUCUGACCUUCGCUUCCCCCGCCAGUCCUGUCUGCGCAUCAGACAGCACUCUCCAUGGGUUAGAGAGCAACUCUCCCCUUUCACCACUGUCCGCUAAUUAUAGCUCACCUUUAUGGGCUGCAGAGCACCUCUGCCGCAGCCCAGAUAUCUUUUCAGAGCAGCGGCAGAGCAAACAUAGGCGCUUUCAGAAUACCCUAGUAGUCCUACAUAAAUCUGGUUUGCUGGAGAUCACUUUGAAAACCAAGGAGUUGAUUCGUCAGAAUCAGGCAACUCAGGUAGAACUAGACCAGCUAAAGGAGCAAACCCAGCUGUUUAUAGAAGCCACCAAGAGCAGGGCCCCUCAGGCUUGGGCCAAGCUGCAGGCAUCUUUAACACCUGGGUCCAGUAAUACAGGCAGUGACCUAGAAGCAUUCUCUGAUCACCCAGACAUAUAGCACAGAGGCAUAUUUUCCUGUUACUUGAGUGGUUCUUUUAGCUCAUUUGCUGUUACCUACUCCUGUUUCCCAAAGCUUAUGUAAGAGCUUUUCCUUCUAAACUUAAACUGUGUCGUGGUUCACUUAGGAAGCCACGUGCCAAUACCUGGCUGCUGUCUUAACUUGUGGUCUGGGCACAGGAUACAUAUGUCCCCGUCCCACUGAGGACCUCAGUUUGGGGGUGCCCUUGAGCCCCUUUUCCUUAGCUUGCAGGUGCUUCAAUGGAUCAUGGGGCAAAGCAGGAGAUGAUUGUGUGGGGCUCUUCCUGCUGUCAUCUCCCAUCAUCCCACUCUCUCACCAGGAUCAAGGGUACAGUAACAUGAAUGAGCAUACAGAGCAACGCCUGUUGAGCCAGGGAGUAGGUGACACAAGGAAACCUUCAUGGAUCUUCCCUUGCCUGUCUUAGUCACAGAGAGAAAUAAGAGGAGGUUGUUUGCAUUCCACAAGGCAUCGUGCUAGUUGGGCGAGACCUAAAAUUCCCUGGGCACAGGUUGCACCUGGGUGUGAGCACUUAAUCACUCAACGCUUUGUUUUCUUAAACUUGAAAGUCAAGGGAAAGAGUAGUACCAUCUGACUCCUACACUUUCAUUACAAGUCAGAUUUUUCUUAAACUAGCAGGCAAAAACAGUACUUCCAAAUUUUAAGGUAUGGAAUGGAUGCAGUACAUCUGGAAUUGUAGUCGAUGAAUUGCUUUUUUGACUUAGAAGCUGAAGAAAAUAGACAUGGCUGGCAUAUGUCGGCUCAUGGUCAGGAGCUGGACGAUUCUGGUAACUUAGGCUUUUUUUCUCUCUUCUUUUGAAACAGUGUAACCUGUUUUAUGUCUAAAAAUCUUAAGGAUAGUUUCAGUGGUUCCUGGGAUGUAGUAUAAGUUAACUCUGCUGCCAUCUUGUUUUUUUUUCCUUUAUUUUGAUAAGUGAUUAUUAUGCUUGAUAAACUCUGAAUUAAAUGCAGUUGUCUUGAGGGUAUGAUAAGUCCACAAAAAAUUGGAAAGCAUCUUACCCAUUUUCUUUUCACAUCCCAAAUUUUCAUUUGUUCCAUGUCAUAGUGAUGGGAAGCAGUUACAGAGCAGCGUCUUCUGUGUUUCCUUCAUGUGUUAGAUACUGGCAACAAAGCCAGAGGUGUAAUGUUGGUUAUAUGAAGUUCGUCUCGAAAUGGAGACCAUGACCAGAGUUUCCAGAUGAUACACGUUCUUUUCAGCUUCAUUAAAUAGGCAACUAUGUUUUUAAGUAGUAAAGUUUCAAAAUAUUCUCUCAAUUUAAAAUUUCAUCCUCUUGAAAAUCUUUGUUCUUUACAAAAUUAUCUUAAUAAGAAGUUCUAUAUGAUCAGCUUCAUCUUUUUUUUUUUGAGAUGGAGUUUCGCUCUUGUUGCCCAGGCUGGAGUACAGUGGUGGGAUCUCGGCUCACUGCAACCUCUGCCUCCCGGGUUCAAGUGAUUCUCCUGCCACAGCCUCCCAAGUAGCUGGGAUUACAGGUGCCUGCCACCAUGCCCAGCUAAUUUUUGUAUUUUUAGUAGAAACGGGGUUUCACCAUGUUGGCCAGGCUGGUCUCGAACUCCUGACCUCAGUUGAUCCACCUGCCUCAGCCUCCCAAAGUGCUGGGCUUACAGGCCUGAGCCACCACGCUCAGCCCAGCUUCACCCUUUCUGCAAAGAAAAGUUUUACCAAGACCAGAAGUUAAAUAUGACAUUUCCUAGGUAGUUGUAACUCUAACAUAGUUUAAAAAGUAUGUGGCUUCAGAUUGUCUAUACUUUGUUCACAAACGUGUGAUUUAGAUAUGACUGAUUUAGAAGUGAACAACUUGGUAACAUCCCUAGACUCCACUCAUCAAUGCAGAAUUAUUACCUGCUCUCUGCUUUCUGAAAGAAUUUCAAAAAUCAGAGCAAAUGUGUCUUUAGGCAGAUUCAGCUCCUUUUAAUAUUUUUCUCUUGGCCCACUCUCUUUGCCUCCCCUGAAUCUGUGUGGUACUAUAGCAGCUCUACUCUGUGCACCAUGCUAGGAAGCUUCCUUUUUGGCAGAAUAUGUUUGGCAGCAAAGCUAUAGAGACAGGUGCAUUCAGAACAGCCUGGGCACCAGUCAUGAGUCUUACUGUGUCAAAAAUCUGAAAACACUUGCUGAGAACCAAAUUUAUUCCAUUGGAAAAACCCUCUGUAGAGCUAUAAACCUCUUGGACUCUUCUUCCUAGAUUAAGGCUUGCAUUUCCCUCCCUGUUUCAGUAAAAGAUGAUGAAAGCUGCUAUCAAUCCUCACUGCUGAGUGGCAGGGAGAAGCAGCACCACUCUCAGCUCUUUUCUAAUCUUGUAACUUAGUGCUAGAAGUCUCUCCAGGCUAUUACCAUGGGUAUUUGUUCUCUGUUGGAGCUGUAAGCAGAUGAACCCAAGUAGAGAAGAUAGAUCUUGGAAGGAGAGAUCCAUUGAGACCAGAAGCCAGAUCAGCAAAUGGAGGAACCUCGGAGGUGACCAGAAAGAUCUCCAUCGGUUGCCCAAGGCUGUAAGUAGUGAUGGUUUUAGCGAUGCAUAACGUACUUGGCUAUGAAGUACUGUGGCAGAGCUGCUGUUUUCUGAAGGUGAGAAGCCAUUUUUAGCUCAGAGCAACCCUUAAGAGAACUUUUGGCAGAUUUUGUUGGCAUUAUUGAAAUAUAUAUAGAAAAGUUGCUGAUUGCAAUGGUUAUGGGAAUGGAAUUUAAUGACAUUUGUAAUUUAUUACACUCAUUGGUUUUUAUUGAUUAUAGUAUUGUCUGACUUUUUAUUUUCUACUAUGGUUCCUUUAGCAGAAAAGUAACUUUUGUGCAUAUAUUGAAGUGGUUUUUCAGCUAUGAAUUCUUUAGGGUAGAAAUUUAUUUAGCAAAUGUGAAUUCUUUUGAGAAAGUAUGAAGUUUUGCAGAAAUUGACUGUGAAAUGUCAGAGAAAAAUAAAAGUCACUGACUUGAAACCUA